CCUCCCUCCUGUUCAAUUUUAUCUGUCCACCUUCUACCAAAGAUUCCCUACCCUGCGAUUCGCCAUUCAUUUGCAGAUUAUGCUCUGAGCAGUGUCUCAUCCCCCCCACCCCCUAUCCCACCAUGGUUACUACAGAAUCCUCUCCGCUCCUCCCCCAGCAUCACCUCCCGACUUCCUCCAAUACGUCACCGCGAGGAAACCGUCCGCCGCGGACAGUCACCUUCAACCCAUUGGCAACUGUUAGCACCUACCAUGACUCUACCUCCGCAGAUCCCACCUUUAGACCUCUCCAAUCCGGCUCGUCAUCUGCACCGCAUUCUCAGGAGAGCCAUUACCGACCGACCGGCCUCUCCGCCCUGAAUAGCAAGCUCCGCCGGCGGAACAGCCAUGGCGCUCCGUUCAGCACCACAAACACCCCAAUCGCUGCAGCCCCCAAAGUCGGACCGCAAAGAACGACGAAAAAUGCGCAGAAGCUGAAAUUGCUUCCCGAUCCAGUGACUGAGGCUGAGGAGGAACUCGGUGGUGAUGACUUUCCGUCCGAUGUCUAUUCGCAGAUUGCCCGAAUCAAAGAACCGACAGCGAGGAGUCAUGCUGCAAAGUUAGGAAAGGCCGACAGAGAGCGUUUGCCGCGAGUGACUGCAUACUGCACGGCCAAUUCGUAUCGACUAGAAGGGAUAAUCAAGUUUCUCAAGUCUCGCUCCAAGACCCGCGGUGCCAACCCAAAACUCUACGACGAAUGUGUCUACUCGCCAUAUGACUACGGCUAUGAGGAGAAGCAAAAUGGCACAUGGGGUCUGUCGAAUAAUGGAAUAAACAUGGGGGAUGGCCACCCUAAUCAACGGCCGUCCAAUGAGCGCCGCUACUCGGACAGUGUGGUUGAGGUCCAGGAUAACACAAACUCUCGGCGGGAAGAUCUCAUAGACCUACAGGACUCUCAAUCCCACGCCACCGAUAUGGACCAUGCUUCGACUACUGCUGUCUCGGACCACCAAGGAGAUGUACAUCCCGACUUUGACACGACGAUCCAUACCCCUGAAGUGUUCCUGUUCGAUUACGGCACCGUCGUAAUAUGGGGCAUGUCACCUGCCCACGAGUCACGAUUCUUAUCCGAUGUUUCCAAGUUUGCUGCUUCCAUCCUCAGUCCCGAAGAUACCCAGGUCGAGAACUUCAAUUUCUACUAUGCUCGCGAAUAUCAAGCCCGGAUAUACAACGACUUCAUCUCUCUGCGCGACCCGCGUAACCACAUGAUCAAACUGGCCAUCUCCCACGCAUUGGCACAAUCUGUCAAGACCUCCCUAUUUGAAGACCUCGUCUCUGAGACCAUCUCCAACACCGCACCCCUACCCGCCCAGAUUGCCCAGACAGGCAGUGUCAAUCUCACCCGGCGCCAGAUCAACAUGCAAAUCGGCGAAUUGUUCAUCCUACGAAUCAAUAUCCACCUGCAAGGCUCGGUUCUAGACUCUCCAGAACUCAUGUGGGCUGAGCCCCAGCUAGAACCGGUUUACCAGGCCGUCCGCAGUUACCUUGAAAUGGACCAGCGUGUAAGCCUGCUCACUGAGCGGUUGGACGUGAUAGCGGAUCUUCUUGCCGUCCUCAAAGAUCAAUUAACUCACCGCCACGGUGAGUAUCUUGAAUGGAUCGUAAUUGUUCUCAUUGCGGCAGAAAUUCUAGUCGCAGCCAUCAACAUCGUAGUUGACUUGUACGCUGGCGUGGAGUGAACACUACCUACACUUUCUACUAACAAUUACUACUACUUUUGCCUUGUUUACAUCACCCAAUAACACCCUUUGCUAUACAUCUACAGCCCCAUCAUCACUGCAUCACACCACACCACACUGAGUGUCCUCUUUCACUAUUCGUUCACUUCAGCGGAGUUAAGGGGUUCGGGCAUACAUCUGUCAUUUAAAGUGGGAACAGGAGUGAAAGUGGGAAUUACCAAAGCAAAGCCCUCCUUGCAUCGCUACGGACAAUACAUAUCUAUCUAUAUUUAGUAUCUAUUAUCGAUUCC